UGUCCACUUGCAGCAUGUCAUAUAACUAUUGGUGUCCAUAUUUCUGAGGGGGUGCAUUUGAAUGCCUGAUUGGAGAGAGGAAGGGAGAGCAAGAGAGCUGGAAACAGUGAACCUCAAGGAGCUUACACGAAGCAAAUGUUGUGAUGCAGUGCAGUGGAUGAGUUUUCUCGGAAGAGUCAAGAAAUCCGAUGCCAGAUUUCUUACAGAUCUUUGUAAAUAUGCCACAGCGAGACACAAAGUGAUUAGAAGACCAAAAAUGCCACGAAGGCUUGGAAGCAUAAAGCAGCUGAAGGUGUUGUUUGGCUGUAGAUCAUUUUGCCGUAUACUAUUCCGUGUGGAUUUGGACUCCUGUUCUGUUCCAAGAACUGUUGUCGCUGCGAUGCUGAUGAAUUAGAAGACAGUUGCGCACACCAGAACGAAGUGGGCUUUCCAGACGAGUCCUGUGCUGAUGGCUAGCGUGGUGGUGGUAGUCUUUUCACUUACCGGAUGGCUGCUGUUCAGCAAAGCAUGAAAUGUUUCAGCAUUUUUUCCAGACGUGUUUUCUGCUGCAUCAGGUUCGUGCCACCUAGCGGUAGCAGCCCCAGCCUGCUGAGCCCCACCAGCAACGCAGGCAGCGGGUUUUGCAUCUCUUAAUGAAAAACAAUUAAUAAUCAGAGUGUACUUUCAAAUGAUAAAGCACGAUGUCCUAGGUUAUUAAUCCAUACCCUGGAUGCUCAGGUAAGUUUUGUCUUUUGCCUCCGAACUGCACAUUAGCCCUUUAGAAGACUGCAGAUGCUAUCCCGGACCUUGGUGAAAGAAAAUGCCAAAGGCAAGCGUUAACAUCUGUAAAUUUGCCUGCCCACUCCAGGUGGCCUCUGCCUGGGUCUCGAAGCCAGAAGCAAUGCAGCAAUAAAACAGAAUAGAGAAGCGCUUCACUUAGGCAGUUCUCACUCAUUGCCACUUCUUCAGCUGCCCAAGUCAUCUUACAUUUGUCAACAGUCCCCACGUUGCCUGGAAGCCUUGAAAGGGCUGUUGAAAUAGACUUCUGUCUGUCCUCCUCCAGAAGGACACCGCCAGGAGUGCCAGGGAAGAGGAAGAACUGCUCACGUCUGGAUUCCAAAAGUUCUUUUUAGAUACAAAGAGAGUCAGGAUGGAGAUUAGAAGUGGGAAGGUAGUCACAAAAGCAAGCCCUGAGGGAAGAGCUGAACAAGAAGGCGGAUUACGACCUCCUGACCCUGCGGCGAGGUCGGGCGAGGUGGCAGAGGAGCAUCGGCAGCCGGCACGCCACCGCACAGGCUGCAGGAAGGGACUGAGUGAAUAUAAGAGAAACUUCAAAUGGAAAACCCCAGAGUUUUGUAGCCCAUCCCAACAGCAGAAAUCCUUGUGGGCAGGACUUCGGUCGGAUCAGUUCGGAAUCACAAGAGAACCAAAGUUCAUUUCUAAGAGAAGGGUACCUUACCAUGAUCCACAGAUUUCAAAGUCCUUUGAAUGGACAGCAGAUUGUGAUUUGAAUGAGCCACUUGAAACUGAGGCUCUUAGGACUGCAGAGUUGCACGCAGACCACAACAACAAUGAUGUGAAUCAGGAAAACAUUGAAACGCCAGAAGGACCCAGACUCCCCCCAAAAGUUCGAUCACAUUUGGUAGAUUCUAGAAGUGAAACAGCUCUUGUCCUUGCAGAAAACAACAUGAAGAGAUCAUCCUCUGCAGCUCCACCAAAUCAAAACGAAGCAUUUGCAUCCCCAAAAAAGGAAUUUGAAAAAAUGGGUAAUGGGCUUCACAGAGUCCUUCAGAGGAAAGCAGGCAUGAAUAUUUCACGUUUAAAUACCUUCCCCAGAAAUUCUGAAUAUCAAAGCCAGUUUGUUUGGAAGAGUCCUCAUGAAAAGUCACCAAUACUUGCAGCUGAACAGGUUAUUUGCAACACAAGUGAAUCCAUGCCUCCAUUUAAAUCUUCUGCAGUUACAUCUGAAACUGCAUAUGAGAGAAAUUUCAAAGGAUCUCCUCCUGUUAAGGGUCCACAAGAGAGACGUGGUUCAGAAGAGAAAGAAUUUCCAGAUUGUGAACAAAGUAAGAGGGAAGAACCGUUUCAAAAGCCAGCAGAAGAUGCAGCAAAACAAGGGAAAUCAGAACAGAAACAUCCUAAACAAAAAAAUAAGCAACAUAUCAGUCCAAAGCCCCUCUCUUUACAUACAAGUCGUGGGAAGAUGAACACUGAAUAUAGGUCAAAAUUUUUGUCUCCAUCCCAGUAUUUCUACAAAGAUGGAGCUUGGUCUCGUAUUAGGAGUAAAGUUCCCAACCAGGCAUCUCAAAACACCCUAAAUUCCAUGUGGUAUAUGGAGGUGAGAGAACUUCGAGAAAGAGCAAAGGCUUACCGGCAACGAGUAGAGGGAACACACUUCUCCCGAUACCAUCUCAAUCAGAUCCUGUCCGAUAAUAACAGUCUUUGGGAUGUGUCCUCAAAUUCCAGUUCAGAAGAAGGCAUCAGCAACAACAUCAGAGCACUAGAUCUUGCUGGAGUUUCUGAAAAAGACACUGCACCAAGCCCCAAAGUGCUGCAGCAGCCUGACUCCAGAAAACAGCCACACCAGGACAGCACUGAGAAGAAAGACAUUUCAGAUGCUUUAACUGUGCCAGUCAAAAGGCGUUUAGUUUGGGGUGAACAAGAAGGUACUGAUGAAAGGGAGAGUCAGCAAUCAGCAGAAGAGGAAGAAAAACAAGAUGAACAGGCUGCAGCCGUGGCCCAGCAGUUAGAAGAAACCAACAAGGAUGCCAAUGAAGAUAAGAAAAUUGAAGGUGAGAAUGCCUUAGUAUUGAAUUCUCCUGCGGCUAUGUCAGAUUCUUCUUCUGUAUCCUCGAGGACAGGUGGCAGGCUUCCUACUCCGCAGCUGAGAGCGCUUGGUGGAGCUCAGAGGACUCAUCAUGAUCUCACUACCCCAGCUGUUGGAGGUGCGGUUCUAGUGUCUCCUCCUAAAUUCAAGUCUUCACAGCAGAGAACACGAGAUUUAGGAACAGACCCUUCUUCAGCUAAGCAAGGUGCAAAAGGAGCUUCAAAAAGAAGGUCCGUCCAGCCUGAUGUGGAAGUGGAAGCUGUUUCGCUCCUUACCUCUCCACCUGCUGGGCUGGGAACUUUGGAUCCUCUGCCACUUAGGCAGGAUCAGCGGCCUCCUAACAGUGUUUUGCAUGAGCAAGUUCCUCAUCAAGAGCGUUCCUCUACACCUCCUGUGCUGAAGUCAGGCAAAAGCUGCUCUAUGCCUUGCUGGAAUCCCUCUCGUCGUAUUCAAGGGACUCUCAAGGAUCCAGAAUUCCAGCAUAAUGGGAAUGUUGGCAAUCCAAAAAUGAGAUCUUUCCAGUUACCCCUGCAGGAAAGAAACUAUAACGAUGAAGAUGACCGGUUGUCUCAGAUUUCUGCUCGCUCUGCAGCAUCUAGCUCACUAGCAUCUCAGAUACUGGAACGAGCUCAGAAGAGGAAAGAUUUCUGGGGCAAGACAUAAUCUCUCCCACCUGUUGUAUAGAAACUGUUCUGUAAACUGUUCUGAAAAAUGAUUUAUUUUUUAUAGUUUGUAGUGUACAUUUUAAAAAAUCAUGAUUGUGUAUGUCAUGCAGCAUCCUUUCACUUAUCGCUAAUAUGGACCAGCUUUUAGGACUUGCCAUCCCAAUUUAAAACUACAAUAUUCCAACCAGUGUUGAAAAUGUAGGUCCUUUAUAUCCGAGAGUUUUGUCUUAAUUCACUAUGUCACAGCAGCCCUGUGGGGUUUUAUUUUUUUUUUACAGUGGCACCUCCUGAAAGUGAGAUAAUUUUUUAUGCAACCUGUUUGUUACUUUUCAAGGUAUUCUGCUGCAGUCAUGCAGUAUGACCUGGGACAGUAUUCAGGGGCAACACCAUCAUUCACCAAAUACCUCAGUUGCUUGAUAUUAACCAGCUGUCUUAAAGGCAACUGUGGUAUAUUUGUUUAAGUUUCUGUGUGAAUUGUCAGUGCUGUAACACAAAGUUGCUACUUACUGCUUUUAACCUGUUACCAAAAAAAUCUUACUAUUUCUUAAUGAAGCUAACACGGAGCAUACAGGAGUUUGAGAAAAGGACACUAAGCAUUAGCAUUUGUUCAUUGUUCACAUUUUUUUUGCCAGGAUGACUAUUAGAGUUCAAUGUGUACAGUACCGCAGUCAGAUGUACCGAUAGGAACACUUGUCUUGUGGGCAAGACCCGUGUUUAGUGUUAAUUUCAACUUCUCUAGAAACAGCAACCUCAGCCACCUUAAACAGUGGCCUUUCCCAGCCCCACUUCCAACUCAGGUAUUUAGGAGUAGUUGAUCUUUUAAAGUAAACUCAGAAGAAUGUUUGUUCUUGACUUUGACAUUUUGAUUACCUCUCCUCGUAGUUGCCUGUUGCUGGGAGACUGGCAUACUGUUGUGAUUGUCACAGUGAAAAAUGUUUGUGAUUUAUGCUGACAGCUUGUUUUAUCUUUCCAAGUGAUGCAAAUAAGUUAACAUGAAGUAGAUGAAAUAGGUGGCUAGCAGGCAGCUUGGUUCUUCUUAUGUGACUUCAAGUUUUAGUAUUACUUCAUU